UCUCUCUCUCUGCAGAUUGUUUGAAUUGAAUCCUCCCAAUUCUUCGUCAUCGCGAUCGGGUGGGUUUGAUUGGAUACAUGGAGAGCACGGAUUCGUCCGCCGGCGGCGGCGGCGGAAACAAUCAGCCGCAGCAGCAGCAGCCUAACCUACCGCCAGGGUUCCGUUUCCACCCGACGGAUGAAGAGCUGGUGGUUCACUACCUCAAAAAGAAGGCGUCCUCCAUCCCUCUCCCGGUCUCCAUAAUCGCCGAGGUCGAUCUCUACAAGUUCGACCCGUGGGAACUACCAGCAAAAGCUACGUUCGGAGAGCAGGAGUGGUACUUCUUCAGCCCGAGGGACAGGAAGUAUCCGAACGGGGUGAGGCCCAACAGGGCGGCGACGUCGGGGUACUGGAAGGCCACCGGCACCGAUAAGCCCGUCCUCACCUCCGGCGGGACCCAGAAAGUCGGCGUGAAGAAAGCCCUCGUCUUCUACGGCGGGAAGCCGCCGAAGGGCGUCAAGACCAACUGGAUCAUGCACGAGUACCGUCUCGCUGACAACAAAGUCACCAACCGGCCCCCUGGCUGUGACCUCGGCAACAAGAAGAAUUCCUUGAGGCUGGACGAUUGGGUGCUGUGUCGAAUAUACAAGAAGAACAACAAUCACGGGAGGUCAUUGAUGGACCAGGAGAAGGAGGAUUCGAUGGAGGAUAUGCUGAUGGGCCCGAUCCCGCCUUCUUUACUGGUGUCGUCGUCAACUGCCCAGCAGAAUUCCAGGCUGCAGCUUGGGAAAGGCGGCGGGAGUUAUGGGUCUCUGCUGGAUCAUCAUCAACAUCAGCUCCACCACCACCAACAGAGUUUGUUCGAAGGAAUCGAGCACAAUUCCCUCGCCCACGCCAAUCACCAUCAUCACAACAGCAACAACAAUACUUCCAACUCGUUCUUCUCCCACUUGGCCGCGGCCGCUUCAUCCAGGCAACAGCUAGAAGUGCUCCCCAUGCUCCCUCCCCUCAAGCGAUCGUCGUCCCUCUUCUGGCCCACAUCGUCCGACGCCGUCGUCGUCGUCGAUGAUCACGACCCUUCCUCCGGCAAGAGGUUUCACGACGGCGACGACGGGGAUAACAACGGCGGUGGUGGUCCGUCAUCAAUCGCGUCACUCCUCAGCCAAAUCCCCCAGACACCUUCUCCCACGUUGCAACAACAGCACUCCACGGCGUCCAUGUUGGGCUCCCUGCCGUAUCAUCAUAAUCAGCAGCUUCCUGGGAUGAAUUGGUACUCCUGAUCAAUUCGGUUCUAUGAAUUAUUGGUUACCCAAAAAUACCACCAUUAUAGAUAGACACAUAUAUAUAUAUAUUUCUAUAGGAUCGGAGAGAUAUUGAAAGAGAUGCCACGAUCGAGUAACAGAAAGUAUAUGUAUGUAUAGGUUUGAUUCAGGUCCGGAGGAGUCAUGAGGUGGGUGCUGAAUCGAUUUUUGGGGGGUUUUAGAAGGGUAUUAUAGCUAGCCAGCCUCUGCCGGCGGGAAGCUUGUGUGAUCGCCGGCUUCCCGCCGGCCGCCUAUCGUCUUCUUGAGUCAGUUUUUUUUUUUUUAUAUAUAGUUUGUUUUAGUUUGUUCAUAUCCAUCGUGUGAGAGAGGUAAAUAGAAUAUAGUUACAUAAUAUAUAUAUGUAUACAGUUAUAUAUUGUAUGAAG